CUGCUGAGCAAUGGCAGAGCCUAGGGGCAGUGGCGGGGGGCACCAUGGCAUCAACGAAGGCAGCACACCGGAGCUGCAGCAAGGCCAUGGAGACACCGGGGGCCUGUCCGUGUUAUUUAUGGCAGGGGAGAGGCGGUGUGUCCCCUGCUCUCCAGCCGCAGCUGCUGCCAGGGCACCGCGGUUCGAGGAUGGACCAGGGGGCAGGGGGGCCUGGCGCAGGGGGGCCAAUACAGAGCCGGGCCCGGCGCUGGGGGCUCGGCUGCUAUCGCAGAGCGGAGCCCCCCGCCGCUGUGCCGCGGUCCGGUGCCGGCGGGGGCGGUGCGCUCCGGGGCAGCCGCUGCCACCCGGGCCGGCCGCCAACCCCCCCGCCCCGCCGGGCGUGCGCAGGGACCGCCCCGCCGAGCCUCCCUCCGACCGGCUGCGGCUGCCGGGGCCGGGACCGGCGGGGCCGGCACCCCCCGGGAGCGAUCACCCCCUGCUCGGGAUCAGCCUCCGCUCGGGAUCAGCCCCCGCUCGGGAUCGCCCCGUACCGCGGACUCCGCCCGGUGCCAGCCCGGCCGCGGCUGCGGUGUCACCGCCCGCAGCAGCGCGACAGCGGCCGCGGCCGGGCACGGCGACCUGCGCCGCAGAGUACCCUGCCGAGAUGGCGAGUGCCAGUGGGGUGGAGCCUGAUGCUGAGGAUGCAGAGGAGGCUGAAGAGGCCAUCUAUGAGGAGGUGCUGCCCUGUGACAGGAUGGAGCUGAGCCAGCGGCUGGCUGUGGAGGAGCUCAUCACUACUGAGGCCAGCUACGUCCACAACAUCCAGCUCUGUGUGUCGGACAUCCGGGCACACCUCCAGAAGAAGCAGCUGCCUGAUCUGGACCUGGAAGGGCUCUUCUCUAACACCGACGACAUCCUCCAUGUCUCCAGACGGUUUCUGAAGGGUCUUGAGGCCACGGCCACCCAGGGGCAGGAGCAGCUGCUCUGCAUCAGCACCCUGUUCCAUGAGUUCAAGGAAGAGAUGGAGACUGUCUACAAGAUCUACUGUGCCAGCUACGACCAUGCCCUCCAGCUGGUGGAGAGCUACCGCAAGGACCCCAGGCUGCAGGAGGAGAUCUUGGAGACUCUGAAUGCCACAGUGCCUCACACAGGCGCAUCAGAUCUCAGCUUCUUCCUGGUGAUGCCGGUGCAGAGAGUCACCAAGUACCCACUGCUGCUGGAGAAGAUCCUGAAGAACACCCCGGCCAGUUCCAGUGCCCACUCAGCCCUGCAGGCAGCUGCUCGUGCCAUGGCCCAGGUCAAUGCCAACAUCAACGAGUACAAACGGCGCAGGGAAGUAGCAACCAAAUACAACAAGGCCGAGCACCUGACGCUGCGGGAUCGCCUGGCGCGCCUCAACACCCACUCCAUCGCCAAGAAAACCACGCGGCUGAGCCGGCUCCUCAUGCACGAGGCCGGCAUCGUGGCCAAGACAGAGGAUAAGGAGUACGAUGACCUGGAAGAGAAAUUCCAGUGUGUGGUGUCCAGUGUGGCCACCCUGAAGGAGAAUGUAGCAUCCUACCUGGGCCAUUUAGAGGCAUUCCUGCUGCCCACCCCACACCAGCGUGACCUGCAGAUGGAUGAAGGACCUGCCCAGCAGUAUCGGCACUUUGCAGAAUGCCUCCAGCACACUGUUUUCCCAGAGUUUAAGCGACGGCUGGACAGGCUGGUCUGCCAGCCCCUCAGCAGCCUCUCAGACAUGCUGGUGGGGCCACAGCAGCUGGUCAAGAAGCGCCUGGACAAGCUGCUGGACUACGAGGAGAUCCAGGAGCGGAAGAGCGAGAUGGGCAGUGUGACAUAUGACGAGGAGGCAGCCAUGAACACCUACCUCGCCAUCAAUGACCUGCUCAUGGCAGAGCUCCCGCAGUUCAACCAGGUGGCUGUGCAGCUCCUGAGGCAGAUCCUGUGCUCCUUCAGCGCCCUGCAGCGGGACUUGGCUGCCCAGGUCCUGCAACGGGCAGACAAGGAGCUGGAGCAGAUGCCCCAUGGCCACAUGCCUCUGCCCAGUUUCUGGAAGGUGGUGGAAGACACCUUGCAGCACUCAGGUGCUCAGCUCCGGACCUUCUGCCAGACCUUUGAGACCGUCAUGCCGAGCCCUGUGACACAGCCUCUGAACCCUGCUGAGGAGCGAAAGGUCCUUUCCCUUGUGAGCAAGCAUGGCCCAGACAAACUUUACCAAGUGACAAGCAACAUCAGUGGCAGCAAAGACUUGGACCUGACCUUGCUGAGGGGACAGAUUGUAGCUCUGCUGCAAAGUGCUGACACGAAGGGGAACACGAGCAGAUGGCUGGUGGAUGCUGGAGGUCCCCGAGGGUUUGUGCCUGCUGCAAAACUCCAGCCAUAUUCCCCGGUACAAAGCCAGCAGCAUGGGAUGGAUUUGCUAACCCCAGAGAGUGGCACAGAGAGAAGGAGACAUUCCUAUGCAUUACCUGAAGCUCCCAAGCCCCAGGUGGCCACCUUCACCCCGACAUUCCAGGUGGUCGCCGGCUUCUCCUUCGCAGCCAGGAGUCCGCAGGAGGUGAAUCUCCAGGCAGGGCAGCCCGUGGUGGUGCUGGAGCCACACGACAAGAAGGGGAGCAAGGAGUGGAGCCUGGUGGAGGUGAACGGCCAGAGGGGCUAUGUGCCCUCCAGCUACCUGGUGACUGUCCCCGUGCAGGAGCCCAUGGGCUGGAGCUUGCCCGUGUGAGCAUGGCCAGCCCACACCCAAGGGCACAGGCUUCAUCAGAUGGGAGCAGUCGGCUUGGCACCGGAGGACUCCUCACGGGAGAUGCUGGAGGGAGGCAGCCCCAGUCUGGGGAGGGUGGGCAGAAUAUGGCCCGGGGGACAGGGGCGCGAGGAUGGCGUGGAGGAGUGGUGGUGGGAGGCGUGAGGGUGCCGUGUCCCGUGUGUGUUUGCACAACGCAAAGCAGCACUGAGGGAGUGAGGGCAGGUGGCUGCAGUUAUCCAGGGAUUUGCUGAAUUCUUUGUCAGUGACAAAUGUGCCCCAGGGGAUGAUGAGGCAGCAUUGUCCCUGGUUAGAUCAGGACUGAGUGGCAAAGGUGCAGUGCUGCAGAGGGGCCCUAAGCCGGGCAUGGGGCACCUGGGCACUGAGCACUUGGGCGUCUGGGCAUCUGCACAGCUGGACACCUGGGCAACUGGACACCGGGGCACUCGGGCACUUGAGCACCGGGGCACUUGGGCACCUGAGUGCCUGCGGCGGCGCUGGCCCCGCGCGGAGUGGCCACCAGAGGGAGCCCCGAACCAGCGCCCAAUGCCCGCUUGGCGCAUACUGGGAGCACUGGUGCGGGGGCCGUGGGGGCACAGCCCGGUAUGGGACGGAGAUCCCGGCUCCCAAGGCUCCCUGAGCGCCCCAUCCCCCUACGACCCGGCAGUUGACGGAGGUCCCGUGGAAGAGGUUUUUGGGAGAAUCAGUAAGUGCCGGUCGGUCCCUGACCUAAGGCUCGGUCUGAGGAUGGAGACAGCACUCCCUCCUUCCCCUGGAGACAGCACUCCCUCCUCCCCCUGCCACCACUCCUGAGGCGCCCCAGCUUCGUGCCUCAGCUUCACUGCCGUCGUGCUGACACUGAAGAUGCUGAUGGGGCUGAGGGUUGGCAGCCGUGCCCACGGCAGCACUGCCAUGGUGUCAGAGCCCCCAGGGCACCGCGGGAGAGCUCAGACCAUGGGACCACGCUGACCACCCCUCGCCCACCGUGGGCAGUGCAGGCACCCGCCGGUGCGGCAGCCUGGCGUCGUCCCGGCUGCCCUGGGCAUCCGCAUCAAAGGUGUGGUGUCCUGGCUGGCGAGUGCCGGCACGCCGGGCCCCGUGCCCUGCCGAUGGAGAGGCAGCACGCCCGGCCACCCACGGGCUCCCCGGGGGAUAUGGGGACUGCAUGCAGGUUCCCACACUGCGGGCUGGGCAGGGGGGCAGAGGUGCCAUGUGGGGAGGGAUGGGGUGGGUGCCAGGCAAGUGAGGACAGGCCCCAGACACUGUUGUGUGCACCCCACAUGUGGGUCCAUGUGCCUGGUUUGAGGCAGAACUCUGUGGGGUUCACUCUCUGCAGGGUCCUGGGGUUAUCUGGGGGGCAGCUGCCUCUGCUCAGGAGCCAUUGGAAGCCCCGAGCUCACCCACAUGCAGGACGUAGUGAGGUGUCCCAAAUCCCUGCUGCCUCUCUUGGGUCCUCACUCUAUCUGCCUACCCAAGCCCAUCUACUAGCACUUGCCAGGCUGACAGGCUUGCAGGGCAAGGUGGAAACACUCCCUGUACAUCCCACAAGCAGAUGUACAGGAGCCACCCCCCAGUGCUCUGCAGGCGACACUGCACUGGGGACAUGCUGCUUGUGUCAGGCAGCAGCUGCCUGUCCUCUGUCCCUUGUCAGAUAAGGCAGUUGUGCUCCAAGUGAGGUGCAGCCUAAGCACCAAGAGGGUCCUGAGCCAGCCAGCACCAGCACCCUGCCCAGCAGCAGUGGGACUGGUGUCCUGCCCACCCCAAGGUCCUGGUGGUGGAUGGUCCCAGCUAGGAAGAGGGAAUCAGCUCAUGGGGCUCCUCUGGUCUUUGGAUCCAAAGGGGUGAGCUGGGCUCUGCAGUUGCCACCAGUCCUGCUGCCAGCCUGGAUGCCCAUGGGACCUUCACCAUGUCCUCAGGACAUGGCCUAGUAUUUGACUGCAGGAUGCAGGUGCCAACAUCCCUCACUUCUCUCAUGAUUUCACCCAAACUCACUGCACUGCUGCUGCCCUGAGUCUGGAAGUGCUCUCUUGGAGUCCCUGGUGGGUACAGGGCUCUUCCAGCCUAAACAUGACGGGGGAUAAAGGGCACAAGUGUGCUUUUAAAUAGCCCGUCAAGGACAGGCUCUCCCAGGAGGAAUGCUCUGGCUGGUCCGGUGGAACAUGCCUGUGGCCAGGGGCAUGGGGUGUCAGCUGGGCAGGGACGGCUGCUCAGGAGGUCAGGUCAAGGUUAGGCAUUGCCCUGGCUGGGGACCACAGCACUGUGGCUUGGCACCACAGAGGCAGAGCCAUGCAAGGGGGAGGGAAACACAUGACAGGCUGGUGUUUUGCCAUGCCCAGGGGCUGAUCUGUGAGGUGGCAGCAGAGCCAGGCAGGCACUGCUGCCUGCAACCUGCCUGCCAGCCUGCAAGGAAUUUGGCACCGACACAGCCUGGCUGCCAGAGCAGCCUCUGGGGCAACUCCGGUCAUCCAGGAGCGGCUGUUGCACUCCUGUCCAGGCUGAUUCGUAUCCUGGACGUGCAGGCAUUUGGACAGCGUCCACCUGUGGGGUGUGACAGUGCACGGCCAUGUCCCCAGGGCAUGCGGCGCCAGCACGGUGGCAGCUCAGACUCUGCUCUCUCCUGCUCUGUGGGGCACGCUGGGCCCUGGGGACACAGGGUAGAGGGCCACAAAGCACAUCUCCAGGUGAAGACACCUGGACUGCAGGAGGAUGGCUGUGCCCAGGUGUCCAUGUGCCCGAUGGCUCUGCUGGGGCACCCAGGAAGCAGAGAGGGGCAAGAGGAAAGCAGCUGCCAGGGAAGCCCCAAGCCCAGGCUCCCAAACCCAGACCAUCCCUUCACCACAGAAGUGCAGAAUAGGAGUAGGGGAGCAACAGAGCAAUGGAGGGCGGGGAAGGAAAGGAGAGAGGGGACCCAGAAGGAGCAGGGCGGUUGCCCUGCACUGAAAGGCACAACCAGCCCAAGCGGGGCUGUGACUGUGGGCAUGGAGCUUGAGUUCACCCUCUCUGUGAGGCUGAGCUGGCUCUGAGCAGAGCUAGCCUAUGCUGCACUGUUGCCAGGUCCAUAAGGAGCAGCCCUUGCCCCCAUCAGCCCUCACUGGCCCCUCGUGCACCAACCAUGACCAGCAUGGCCUGAGGGAGGGCUCAGCCCCACGGAGAGUGGCCCUGGGGCUGCAAAGCAGGAGUGGAGGUGUGAGCAGCAGUGCUCGCUCCAGGCUGGUGCAGCUGGCACCUGAAUUGUCUAAUAAAGUGUGAAAUUGCUUUCA